UAAGUUAAGGGGUAGGUGGAAAACCUCAGAUAUCGCCCUUACAAAUUCUGAAAGCCAUUCCGUCUACAAAGGAUAUACUCCUGGAAACAAAACAAAACAAAUCAAACAAUGGAGGUCACGAGCUCCAAGUAUGACCGGAAAACUGAAUUAAAGGCUUUCGAUGAUUCAAAAGCUGGUGUCAAGGGACUUGUAGAUGCUGGUUUGGCUAAGAUCCCAAGAAUUUUCAUUCAUGAGCAGAACAAGAUCAUCAACAACCACCACCCCAUUGGCAAUAGUCCCAGCUGUGAUGGCUCCAGUUUCAGCACCCCAGUCAUAAGCUUAAAAGGCAUCGUCGGCGGAGAAGAAGAUGCAACUCAACGCAGGCAGGUGAUUGAUCAAGUUCGGCAUGCUUGCGAAAAGUGGGGGUUUUUCCAGGUGGUCGACCAUGGGGUUCCAGUCCAUGUUCUGGGGGAGAUGAUUGAUGGGAUAAGAAGAUUUCAUGAGCAAGAUCAAGUAGUGAAGGAGGAAAUUUACUCACGCGAUUAUGCAAAGAAGGUUUAUUAUAAUACAAACUUUGAUCUUUACCAAGCUCCAGCUGCGAAUUGGAGGGAUACUUUGUCUUGUGUUAUGGCUCCUCGAGCUCCCGAUCUUGGUGAGUUGCCUUCAGUUUGCAGGGAUGUAGUGAUUGAUUAUUCUGAGAAAGUAAAGGCUUUAGGAGUCGCUUUAUUUGAAUUGCUGUCUCAAGCCCUUGGCCUCAACCCCAACCACUUGAAGGAAUUAGGCUGCGCAGAGGGACAAGUUUUAUUUGGCCAUUACUACCCAACAUGCCCAGAACCAGAAUUGACAAUGGGGACAAGUCAACAUACUGAUAGUAGCUUCCUCACUGUGCUCCUACAAGACCAAAUCGGCGGCCUCCAAGUCCUUCAUGAAAACCAGUGGGUUGAUGUUACCCCAAUUCAUGGAGCUCUAGUUAUAAAUCUCGGAGACAUGUUACAGCUAAUCUCAAAUGACAGGUUUAUGAGUGCCAACCAUAGGGUGUUGGCCAAAAAAGUAGGCCCGAGAAUUUCGGUGGCAUGUUUUUUCAGACAACAUCUUCCGCCGGAAAAUUCCUCAAGACUAUAUGCGCCAAUCAAGGAGUUGUUAUCGGAAGAAAAUCCCCUACUUUACCGGGAAACCACAGUGAAAGAUUUUGUUGCACACUACUACAGGAAAGGGCUCAACCAGAUCCCUUCAUUGGAAUAUCUUAAGAUAUGAAGUUUGGCUAUGAGUACAUACAUGGUCUAGUUUAUUUACCAAUGAAACGAUAUCUUGUGUUUAU